AUACUAAGCGUUACUAAAACCGGGAGUGCGAGUGAAUACAAAACUUGUUCGAGUGACAGGUCAGUUCAAGUGACAAGUACUAAUGAUUAGUACUUGAGCAUCGUGUAAACUGACAAAGCUUAUAAUUCUGCGUUAAACUGCACGCGAUUCACAGUACCUAACGUUCUGAAUUUCCACUAAAGCGAGAUGAAUUUUACACGUUCAAAUUUGAUUGUGAUUUUUUUGGCGUUGACGGUAAGUUCCAUUUCGGGUUGUCGGCAAAGAACCGAAAACGCCAUUUGCGAAUCGCUACCGUCAAACAAAAACGGUACAAAGUUUUAUUUGUACACAAAAAAAUCUUCGGUCGAACUUACGGUGGACGAAGAUUCUAUAAGUGCAGCGCCGUUCGCCGAUUCCAACAAACUAAUAUUCUAUUUACACGGUUUUGGCGAAUCCGCAGACGCCGCAGGAGCAUUACUAAUCCGAAAUGCCUAUUUAAACGGAACGGAUGACGUCAACGUUGUUCUGGUGGACUAUUCCAAUAUGACCGGAGUCUUCAGCCCAAGUCUUUACGGGUUCGCCCUGUCUUUCCCGAGGUCUAGAUAUUGUUAUUUGCCGAGAACCGCCGACACACUUGUGGAAAUGAUCUUGUUGAUACAAAAAGUGAACACGCAGAUCAAUUAUACACGGUUGAUUGGCUUUAGUUUGGGCGCUCAGAUAGCUGGCAAGGCCGGAACGCGGUACAAGGAAAUCACCGGCUGGUUAUUGGACAGAAUCACUGCUUUGGACGCGGGUGGUACUUGUUUACAGCAAUCGCCCGAAAUAAGCAAGCACAGUGCUUCAUUCGUGGACGUGGUGCACUCCAACACCGGUUGGUUCGGCUACAUAAAACCCGCGGGUCACGUGGACUUUUACAUGAACAACGGCAUCAUACAACCGGUUUGCCUGACGAACGCUAGCGACGUCGCCGACAUAUUCGGUUUCCCGUCCGAAUCAAUGGACGCUACGCUUUGUUCUCACUUGUCUUCGGUCUUAUACUUUGUGGCGUCCAUUUACAACGAUGAGAUAUAUGCCCAGUGCUGUAAACAGAUCAGACGACUAACCGAAAACACCGAAAACCAUUAUCUGUUGGACGACGACAACAACAACGCCAUCAGUUUGACGUGCAAUUCGUCUAACGGUACAAAACAAAUAGUAUUUGGCGAACACGCUCCUCUAGACGCCUCAGGGACGUACUACGCCACAAUUCCAAACAUAUUAGAGUUGAUCAGCGCUAUAAAUUGAUGGCCGACUAGACUGUUGCUAUUUUUGCAAACUAUACAAGUUAAUAAUUAAAAAUAACAUGUGUGUUACUUCGCAUGUUUUAGCUCAAUUAAUAUAUUCACAAAUUCUACUAAUUAUAAUGUUAAAAAUAGGGUUCUAAAUGGGACUUCUCCAAUACACACAAAACAUACCUGUUGCCUCUUUCCACCUAGUCUAGUCUUGUUCUACAACUUCUUAUGACACCUGUUUAUUUUCUUUGUAAACUUAAACUCUGAUGGUAAUUGUUACCUUAUUUCCUACUUACCAAUAUUUUCAAGUCAAUUUUCUUCAACGUUUUCUUACAUUUUUGUAUUAUCGUGAAUUAUUAAAACUUCAUAAUCUGCACACAAUAGAAACCUUGUAAGUGUAAAUGUUAAUAGAUCUAGUAUUGACCCUUGAUGAGUCCUACUUUUACCGGUCCUAAACUCGUUAUAUGUAUUUUAAAUAUCUAUAGUAAUAAACAAUAAUAGACGUAUUAAAAACUUUUAAGUAAUAAAUAUAAUUAUAUUAAUUAUAUUGUUUAUGUUUUUUUAACAUAAAUUUAUUACUGAACAUCGGUAUCAAAAAAUAUCAAGUUCAGCUUCAGCUUAAACUGCUCAAGUUUUCAUCAUUUUCUUCUAAUUUCUUUAAACGGCCUAGCCAAUUCGUGUCCUUAAUAAUAGUUAGUGAGUAAACAACCUUGAAAUCAAUUUUUAAAAUAUUACGAACGUACUUGUAAAACAUUUUCAUGGCCAGAGCAAGCUAUCUGUUAUCGAAUUAUUGUCAAGAGGCUCGAAUCUAAAUUUUUUGUUGAAUACUGUAUUGACGCCGAUAUUACUUUGAUUUCGAUAAGCAUUGUUGACUUCCAUCAGAUUGUAAAAACUACUAAACUCUCAUUAUUCGAUGCUAUCAAUGCAAUCAUCGAUUAUCUUCUUUCUUUGUUUAUUCGUACUCAGUGGCGGAUUUGAGGGGGGGGGGCGAUGGGACGAUCGCCACCCCCCCCCCUUGGCCUGAGUUUUGGCCCAAGAAAAAAGUGGUUGUAAUAAAUUUCGACCAUGUCAAUUAAAUUGCCUGUUAAUUUGUAUAAGCUUCAUGGUAUUAUUUUUAAUUUAAAUCAUUUUGUUUAUGAUUAAAAGCCAUUUUAGUUAAUAUAAUAGUACUUUUUUUGUUCCGUCGCUGAAACCAGAUUUGAAUUCGUCAUGAAGUUUACUUGAAAUCGGUCAGCGUACUUUUUUUUUAAAUUUUAAAAUCAAAUUUGGAAAGGGUUAAAAUUUAAAAAGUACCCUGACCGUUCCAAAGUAAACUUCAUGGUGAAUUCAAAUAUGUUUUCAAAUUACUUAUCGGAUUACUGUACGGCCUGUGCGAUGGAUAUAAAAUGAUGUGUUUUGACUGAAAAAACCCGCCGGUAUCGAAUUCCCUUAAAUGUAGAUGAUAUUAUUGAAAGAUUUGCUAAAGAAAAAUAAAGAUGCAUUGAUUUUAUAUUAUAAAUAUC